CGAAAGAAUUUACCUGCCAUUGCGCACUGGCGCGUCUGAAAUGGCGCGAUGCGAAUGAUCAAAACCGCACAGCCGCGCGCCCGGGCGCCAUGCCGUGCGCUCGACCAAAUGCCGCCGCCGCUUCCACCUUCUCUUGCGCCGCAUCUGCGCCGCCGCCGUUUCUCCACCGCGCCUGCCUCGCACCACCCACAUCCGCGGCACGGGCGGCGGAACAGCACUGCCUCCGCCUUCUAGAGCGCUCCUCAACGCCGGCCGCCGUCCUCCAGUCCCUCGCAUUCCUCGUCAAGUCCGGCCUGCACUCCAACCCGCUCGUCCUCACCAGGCUCUUCGCGUCCACCGCCUCCGCGGCGCCCGCGCUGCUCGAGCCCCUCGUCUCCGCGCUCCUCGGCCCUUCCGUCCCGAUCGAUGCCUUCCUCGUCAACACUCUCAUCCGCGCGCACGCCACCUCCCCGCUCCCUUCCGCCCGCCUCCGCGCCGCCGCCUUCUUCCCGCUCAUGCUCCGCAGCGCUGUGUUGCCGAACAAAUUCACCUUCCCCUUCCUCCUCAAGGCGUGCGCGGCGCUCCCGGGCUCCCCAGGCGUUGGGCUCCAGGCCCACGCCGCCGUUCUCAAGUUCGGGUUCGCCACCGACCAGUACGUCUCCAAUACUCUCAUACACAUGUACUCGUGCUUCGACGGCGGGUUCCUCGGGGACGCGCGGAAUGUGUUCGACAGAAUGACGAAGUCGAGUGCGGUUACUUGGAGCGCGAUGAUUGGCGGGUAUGUGCGUGGGGGGCUGUCAAGUGAUGCAGUUGAGUUGUUUAGGGAGAUGCAGGCCAGUGGGGUGCGUCCGGAUGAGGUCACAGUGCUUGGCGUUCUGGCUGCAGCUGCAGAUUUGGGUGCACUCGAGCUUGCUCGGUGGGUUGGGCGGUUUGUGGAGAGGGAGGGUUUUGGGAAAUCUGUGACGCUGUGCAAUGCGUUGAUUGACACGCUCGCCAAGUGUGGUGAUGUGGAUGGGGCUGUGGCAGUGUUCCAGGGGAUGGAGGAACGGACUGUUGUGUCUUGGACCUCAGUGAUUGAUGCUCUUGCAAUGGAGGGUCGUGGGAAGGAGGCUGUGGGAGUGUUCGAGGAGAUGAAGACUACUGGAGUGCCACCUGAUGAUGUUGCGUUCAUCGGUGUGCUCACUGCAUGUAGCCAUGCUGGAAUGGUUGAUGAAGGCCAUGGCUACUUUGAUUCGAUGAAGAUGCAGUAUGGCAUUGAGCCUAAGAUCGAGCAUUAUGGUUGCAUGGUUGACAUGUUUGGUCGUGCUGGCAUGGUUGAGCGGGCAAUGGAGUUUGUUCGUACGAUGCCCAUGAAACCAAACCAAAUAAUAUGGCGGACACUUGUUGCUGCCUGCCGUGCUCAUGGCAGGCUUGAACUCGGUGAAAGCAUCACCAGGAACCUUCUAAAUGAGUACCCGGCUCAUGAGGCCACCUAUGUUAUGCUCUCCAAUGUCUACGCACUGACACAGAGGUGGAAGGAGAAAUCAGAGAUUAGGAGAGAGAUGAGCAAGAGAGGAUUCAAGAAGGUGCCAGGUUGCAGCGUUGUUGAGCUUGAUGGGGAGGUUCAUGAAUUCAUAGCUGGAGAUGAGUCGCACCCGCAGUGGAAGGAGAUAUACAGGAUGGUCGAGGAGAUGGCAAGAGAGCUGAGGCGCAUUGGGCACAUCCCAGCUACAUCAGAGGUUCUCCUUGAUCUUGAUGAGGAGGAUAAGGAGGGUGCGCUUCAGUGGCACAGCGAAAAGCUGGCGAUUGCAUUUGUGUUGCUGAGGACUCCUCCUGGUACACAGGUCCGGGUGGUUAAGAAUCUCCGAGUAUGCUUGGAUUGUCAUGCAGCAAUAAAAUGCAUUUCACAGGUUUAUAACCGGGAGAUCAUAGUGCGUGAUCGCAGCCGGUUCCAUCGCUUCAAGAAUGGCUCCUGCUCAUGCAAUGAUUUCUGGUGAUGGAAUUGCUUUUCACCAGGUUAUCCUGUUCCUCAGUUCUCAUGGUCCACUGAAGAGUGCGUUGAAAUUCCAUAGAAGAUGCUGGCGGUGAUAAUUUAUCUCUGCGGAGCUUCUGCAAAUCUAUAAAGUGAGCUAUGGAUGUCUGCCUCUGAACUACCCACCAUAUCUCCAUCAUUGCCGUCUCUGUCGAUGCCUUGAAACUUCCGCAUGGCCUACUCUCUAUCAUUGCCUCAUUCUUGUUGCGUGCUGGUAAUGUCUCACCCUUGUGACUUGUCAUUACAUCCUCAUUCAUGAGUAUCUCUCUGCACUCUCCUUUUCAGGGCCUCCCCAGUAUGCGUCAAACAUAGAUGAUUUCUUCACUGUUUAGCAGCCUGCUCUUCCAAAAUAAAUUGUGCACUGUAUGGAACAUAAUUUUCAACCCGCUUCUGUCUUUUUGCUGAUCUCUUCUCUAUCUCUGCCCAAACCUCCCGCUCAACCAAUCUUAUGAAUCUUGCUGUAUCUGCUGCAAGGUCCUCUAACAUCUCCAGUGUACAGUUCAGUUUCUCCAAAUCGACGUUGUUUGAGAACAACACCUUCAUGACAUUGCAGGUGUAUCCCAGCAUUCCUGACAGCAUGACCCUACUGAACAAGAGGGGGUACCAGCUGUAAGAUGAACUGGACAAUGAAAUGGGACUAGGAAGCCGGAUAUGCCAAUAACUAGUCACGGUCAGACUUCCCUGUGCUACAUGGGUAUCAAAUUAUUCUGACGCAUCAUCUCAUCUUUCUACAACGCCACAAAGUACCAGAAAUCCAUUUGGACAGACAAUCACGCCUUUCCUGGACUGGACUACAUCAAUGGCAAAGUCUGGAUUCCCUGUGCUUACAUGACAUGUGCUUGCAGAAAAGAAAAAAAAAAUUCAUGGUCACUGGUUAGAAAUGAGAUGGAACUAUGGAAGGAGGAAGCAUUUAGAGAAGUGGGGGGAUCACACUGCUGUUGGUUCAACUAUAGUGGCAGAUAGGUGCUCACUUCAGAAGAGUGACUAACUUGAUGCCAAACAAAUUCGCACUUCUUCCAUUCACCUGGCUAAGCAUUGGAAAGGACAUUAGAUAGGUGGCCAGAACAAGUCAGCUGCAUGAAACAUUCGAAGUCUUCAGCUAAGCUCUCAAUGAUAUGAACGAAACUGUGAAUGUCAUCAUCAUCAAGGUCAUAUCCUGUGGUUUC